AUGACCACUGUGGGUCAAUCGUCCGUGGUCAAACCUGCAUCCACGCCGAGACGGGAGGGUCGUGCAGAACGCUACCCAGCGUGCGGUGGCUUCUCCGACAUCAUCUUCCUCAUAGACGACUCCGACAGCACCAAACGCAACAACCCUACUGACUCUGACACCGUGACGUACGCGCAGGGCGUCACCUCCUUCGUCCAACACUUCGUCGACAAGGCUGACCUCUCCAACAUCCGCAUCGCUGUAGUUGCCUACAGCAAAACGACGCGCGUCAUCGCCGACUUCACGUCCAACUCCUCCACCAUUUCCAACGCCUUCAACACUUUCCAGCCAGAAUUCAAGGGGUCUGACAUCCUCGAGGGGAUGAAGUUAGUUAAGGGCAUGUUUCAAUCCUCAGGACGCCUUGGGGCGAGGCAUCUGGUUGUCCUUGUUACCGACGGGUCGACCUUCAAUUCUAAUCUUGCAGGGGAUUAUGCUCAGCGAUGCCAAGAAGCUGGGAUUGAGAUAACGUCUGUUGCUUUUGGCGACGCCAUUUCCUUGCAGGAGUUGAUGUUGUACUCAAAAAGCAGUGACCGUAUUUUCAAGGUCACGAACGACACGGGACUAUCGGCUCUGACACCCAACGUCACCGAGAUCAUUUGCCAAGACCCAUGCGAAGGACCUUUAUCGUUAGUAGAUGAGCCUGGUUUGUUUCGAUACCCUGGAAACUGCGCCAAGUUUCUACAAGUAGCUCCAGUCAAUCAAACCGGCCUUGUUUGUGUGCCCAAGGAUUGCUCGUACACAACCAUGUGGAAUGACCGGCUGAAGAUCUGCGACUACCCUGGUUCCGCUACUUGUGAUCCGUGUAGAGGUCAAGUGGACGGUCGACGAACUUCCUAUCAUCUGUACUGCAACUCCUACUGGGAGUGUCAGGGGGGCGUGUCCCAGCCCCGCUGUUGUGGGUCAGGGAAGAAGUACGUGGAGGGGGGCGGGUGCGUGGCAGCAGGAGUCAGUGAAUGUCCAAACCCAUGUCCGAGUUAAAGAUGUUAACGACCAAUGUGGUGUUUUGUUGAAAUGAUAGAUGUAAAUGUUGAAUUUAUGUUGGUAAGACUUCAUGAAGCAAGA